CUUUUGAAAAUACAAAAGUUUUACUAUUGUUAUAAGCUGUAAAGCCUAACAGACCAGACUCGGGGUUAACCAGUAUCCGUGCGUCUGACGUCAUGACGUUUUAUCAGCUGUUGAUGGAGGCUCUCUAGCGUCGACUUCAGGCGCUCUGAAUGCUCGCUCGCUGCUUGUCAGCUGUCACAGUGGAGGUUCCGAAACGCACAUGUUUGUGGACCGAUCCUCAUCGGAACAUAUGCUGUCAUGAGCGCUCUGUGUCGCCUUGUUCAGAGGGGGUUCCUGGGCUGCCGGCCGCCGCUCCGUUUAUUCCCCGGACAGCAGGAUGUUUGCGGGAUGGCUCUGACGGUCCGGAGCGCCAGUUCAUCCAGUCCUGUCAACCUGACGUACGACGUCUUUGAUGGAAAGGGGGAGAGCACUCCCCUGGUGUUUCUACACGGCCUUUUUGGCAGUAAAUCUAACUUCCAUUCUAUCGCCAAGUCCUUAGUGCAGCGCACCGGCCGAAAGGUGUUGACUGUCGAUGCCCGUAACCACGGCAACAGCCCUCACAGCCCCGUACUGACCUAUGAGGCCAUGGCCAGUGAUUUGAAACACCUCCUUAGCCAACUGCGAAUCGAGAAGUGUGUUCUCAUCGGCCACAGCAUGGGAGGGAAGACGGCCAUGACGACGGCUCUGACACAACCCAGUCUGGUGGAGCGUUUGGUGGUUGUGGACAUCAGUCCGGCCCAGUCCGCCACGCGCACCAACUUCCGACAAUACAUCCAGGCCAUGCAGGAGAUGAAGAUCUCCACUGACAUCCCGCGCUCCACAGCCCGACGGAUGGCCGAGGACCAGCUGCGCAGAUUAGUCAAGGAGCGCUCUGUGCGUCAGUUCCUGCUGACUAACCUGGUGGAGCAGAAUGGACAUUAUAGCUGGAGGGUGAACUUGGAGGCAAUAGUAGCACACCUGGAUGAAAUCAUGAGUUUCCCCAGCUUUAAUGCUUCGUAUGAAGGACCCACGCUGUUUUUAGGCGGAGCAAGUUCUGCUUACAUCAGCUCCGAUGAUUACCCAGAAAUCCAGAGGCUGUUUCCUUAUGCUGACAUUCAAUACAUCCCAGACGCUAGCCACUGGAUACACGCGGAUAAACCUUUAGACUUCAUCAGCUCCAUCAUCUCCUUCCUUCAGUCUUAGCUGCCUCCAGCCUGCGCCUGAGGACUUGUCAGAGCUGCGUUCCCCUGCAGAGAGCUGCGGCUGGAAAUUCAGCAGCAAACGGAAAACUCACCGACGCUGGACCAAACUCUUUUACAGUACUCACAUCCUACAUUUGAACAUGUUUAGCUGUAGUCGUUCUGUCAGUCUCUGACCGAUCUGUGUUACUAGAUUAACUAUUUUCCAGAUUUGUUUAUCACCGCGAGAUAGACGGUAGCAAUGAGAAUUUAGGAGGUUUUCUUAACGGACUAACCCAAAGAAACUCUCGUUUGCACACUGCUUUCUUCAUGUCUACUCAUUUAGGCCAGUUAUAUUAGAGAAGCGGCUUAAGCACAAUCUGGGUUUGUUGGACCAGCAGUGAAUCCGAGAGGCUCUUCGAGGAGAAAAAGGGAGAAACAUGUAUGCUGGAGGUUGUGUUGUGCACAGAGGCUUUGGUUCAGUAGAAUUUGAUGUAUUAAAUAGGCAUUUUUUUGUGUUUUAUUGUUUUUUUCUCCGUGUGUGUAGGUCGAGCAACCGCUAAACGCUCUCAUCUCCGUGCCACUGGAAGCCCCACCUUAUUUUUUUAAGCAAACGUCCCUUAAAGCCUCCAUUACAGUAUUAGCACAAAGUGUUUCCCUAAACUAUAAUGGGUUAUAAUCCUCUCCUGUUUUGUGUCUGGCAACGAGCUGUGGUGUUAGUUUGUACUUUUUGUCUCCUUGUUUCAUAAAUUAAAAAUGUUUUACUCUUACCUUCACUCUUAAGGCACAAGGCUUCAUGUCACAAGUAUAUGCUGCAAAAAUUUAUCUAAUCGUAAUGGUGUUAAAAAUCAUUUCAGCGUCCAUAAAGUUACAAAAAAAAAGUUCAGUACAGUAGUGAAACUGCCAUCUCUAUAAAUAAACAGGGUGUAGUGUGUUUGUACGUGCCUGUUUUAUGAAGACCUCAUUGUCUGUAAAACCUUUUAUAAAAAAAAAAAACUGAAAAAGACGCAUUUUUCAAUAUAUAGUGUAGUUGCGAUUGGCAGCUGGGUUGCCAGUUCUAGCGCGAAGUAACACUUUUUGGGGCAGUGUACCAGUUUAAUUUAAAUGAAUAUGUUUAACUCCUCUAAUGUUUGUGAAGAUCCCGUUAGUAUCAUCCUUGUCGCGUCGCACACCGUAUGAGUGGAGGGCUUUGACAUUUGAAUGCAGGUCUCGCUUCGGUUUUUGCUGAAUAGAAAGUAUACAACAACGAGUUGUACCGAUUUUGUCCAGGAUUGUAAAACUGUUUGACUUAAGCAUGCCUUUUUCUGUUGUUCUUGAGUGUUGUGGAACAUGUAGCCACCGUAGUGGCAAAUACUCUAAAAUCUAUCUGUAUAAUUAAAAAUUCUAAAUUAAAUGUUUGGAGAUGCAUAUAGAAGUGGAUUAUAUACAUAUAAAUAUAUAUUGAUGGAAAUAUUAUACAAUAAAAUGACUAAAAUCUG